AUGCCACAACUGCGUCAUCGGACAGGCCAUACAUUUCACAGAUGCGGGGUCAUCGACUCGUACGCCGGAUCUGCUCGGUCCCUCGCUCCGUUUCAUCCUCGGCUUCUACCGGUUCCGAUUCCGGAGAACAGACACGCCAAUGCUACUUGCGCUAACGUUAAGAAGCUUCGCGGAUGGUCAUAUGGAGCUCGUGGGCUACAGUCCAUCUCGACUUUGCCUCGACACAAUUGCACAAGCCUCAUCCCAUUAAUUUCUAUUGAAUUCAGACGCGCCACACUGCCAGACCAGCUUUGUGACAUGUUCUCCGCAUAUACUUCGAGUUCCCGAAACCGAGACCAAGGUACUGUCGGCGAAUGGUUACAAUCCGGAGCUAUCGAGAUAUGCUUUGACCCUGGACACUUCUGUCUGUAUCCCGUGGCGAUUCCUACUAACCAGGUCUUGCUGCCGGCACAUUUCAGAAACUUUGUAAUAUUCUCCCUCGCCCUUUUGAAAAAUGCCAGACGCACAUUAGCAAAGCAUACAUCAACGCAGGAGCAUGAUACGUAUGCUUCAACCUUAGUGGGCUAUUCCAACUCUCAUUAA